UUGUGCCUUGUUUUGUGGACUGCUUCUUACUAUUGUUAUUUAAAGUUAAGGCUUUUUAGUUUUAGGCUAUUCAUUUGAAGAUCCACAUUAUCUUUGACAUUAAUAUUUUCACUCUUCUUUCCUUUUUACCUUUCUGUUUUGUGAACCUUUUUGGUUAUUAAUUUGUACUCUUUGAGUGGAGCUUUAAACAAUCUGUGUAAAGAAUCUGCACAUAACUGGACUGUUUCCAGGACUAGAUGGGGAUUUCUGAAAAGUAUCUGUUGUUUGCAGUUUCGUUCAAAAGACAACAUGGAGGACAAGUGUGUAAUAAAAAAGGAUGUUACUGAAUUGAUUGGAAAUACCCCAAUGGUAUAUCUCAACCAUAUUGUAGAUGGCUGUGUAGCUCGUAUUGCCGCCAAACUUGAGUUGAUGGAACCCUGUUCUAGUGUUAAAGACAGGCAUAUCAUGAUUGCUUAUAGCAUGAUUAAAGAUGCAGAGGAUAAGGGUCUGAUUACUCCGGGAAAGACUGUCCUCAUUGAGGCUACAGGUGGUAACACUGGCAUUGGGUUGGCAUUCAUCGCUGCAGUCAGGGGUUACAAACUUAUACUUGCCAUGCCGGCUUCAAUGAGUCUUGAGAGAAGAAUUGUGCCCCUAGCUUUUGGAGCAGAAUUGUACCUUACAGAUCCUGCCAAGGGUUUUUAUGGGGUUUUUGAUAAGGCCAAUGAGCUACUCAGUAAAAUACCCAAUAGUUAUCUGCUUCAUCAAUUUGAAAAUCCUGCUAACCCAAAGAUCCAUUAUGAAACCACUGGCCCGGAGAUAUGGAGGGAUUCAGGAGGGACGGUUGAUGCCCUGGUUGCAGGGAUAGGGACUGGGGGUACAGUAGCUGGUGCCGGCAGUUUCCUCAAGGAGAAAAACACGGAGAUCAAGGUUUAUGGGGUAGAACCACUUGAAAGCGCAGUCUUGAAUGGAGGAAAGCCUGGCAAGCAUCUGAUCCAAGGAAUUGGUGUUGGUAUUAUGCCUAUCGUUCUGGACGUCGACCUGCUUGAUGAAGUUAUUCAAGUAUCAAGUGAGGAAGCGAUCGAAACUGCCAAGCUACUUGCCUUGAAAGAAGGUUUGCUGGUGGGGAUUUCAUCUGGUGCUGCUGCGGCUGCUGCAAUAAAGUUGGCAAGGAGGCCAGAAAAUGCAGGAAAACUCUUUGUUGUGGUUUUUCCCAGCUGUGGAGAGCGUUAUCUGUCUUCUGUGCUCUUUGAUUCCAUUAGGCAGAAGGCAGAAAAUAUGACUUUUGACUGAGGUGUUCAUGAAUAUCACAAACUGCCCAUGUCCUUUGCAUCCUCUGGAUGCCAUAAAUAAUGAGAGAUGUAGUUUGUUUGCAGUAUUUGCAGAACCUUUUAACUAUAACUAAUAAAGAGAGAGUUUGUGGUUGUUUGA